CAUGGCAGCUAAGUUUCUCGUGCUCUCCCUGCUGGUAGCAUCAGUUUACGGCAGCGGUGGCUACUCAAGCUUCUCGUACGGCGUCUCCGAUCCCAACACCGGUGAUGUAAAGGACCAACAUGAAAAACGCGUCGGAGACAGCGUCGUCGGCAAAUACUCACUCCUGGAAUCUGAUGGAACCAAGAGGAUAGUGGAAUAUGCUGCUAACGCUGCUACAGGAUUCAACGCGGUUGUUCGCAAAGAGCCCGCCGUUGGUGUUCAUCCGCCUGGACCCCACGCUCCUUUGGCCGGACCUGUCGCCCAUCCAGCUCCUUUGGGACAUGGACCUGUUGCUCCCGGUUUAGCUCACCCAGCACCCGUAGGGCCUGCUAGUCCAUUGGCCCACCACCCGUUACCCAUUGCUCCUGGUGCACCAUUAGCCGGAGCUGGCCCUCUUGUCAACGCUGGUGCUCUAGCUCACCACGGUUUGGCUCAUCACGGGUCUCUAGCUCAACCAGGACCUCUUGCACACCAUGGUGCUCUUGCCCACCCUGGUCCCCUUGCCCAAUAUGGCGGUCUCCCUCAUCAGGCUGCUUUAGCCCACCAAGGAGCUCUUGCUCACAACGCAGCUCUUGCUCAUAAAGCCGCCGUCGCCCACCAAGCAGCUUUAGCCCAGAACAACGCCCUUGCCAACCAUGGUGCUCUCUCUCAUCCUGGAGCUCUGGCUCACUCAGGUCCUCUUGCUCAUCCAGGUCCUCUGGCCCACCCUGGUCCUCUUGCCCACCCUGGUGCUCUCGCCCACCCUGGUCCGUUCGCUCACCCUGGUCCUCUCGCUCAGAAUGUUCCUUUGGCUCACCCUGGUGGUAUCGCCCACCCCGGCGCUCUUCACUCUCUUGCCAACGCUUACCCAGGUUCCGCUUACUCCAACUAUGCUCCUUUCGCUGGCGCCAAUGGCUACGGUCACCCCUUGGCUGGCAAUCUAGGUGCCCGCGGUGGCUCCGCUGUUUCUCACUACUCUCACUCUAUCGUCCAUGACGCUCCUCGCGCCUACCCUGGACCUUACGCUAGUGCUUACGGUGGAGCAUAUGGUGGUGCUAAUGGUGGUGCUUAUGGCGGUCUUAACGCUGGGUAUAGUGCUCAUGGUGGACUUUAUGGAAAGCACGGUAUUCACGGCUCUCCCCUAGCUCACGGUGUUGCUGGUCCCCUCGCACAUGGAGCUGGUCUCCGUGCCACUAGUUAUGCCAAUUCUGUGUCCCACGGUCCUCAAUCCCCUCUUGCGCAGAUAGCGUUCGGCCCCCAAGGCACUGGAUCUGGUUGGGCUUGGUGAAUAAAACGACUGCGAUCAAACUGUGAUUUAACUUACGACAAUAAAUAAAUUAUGAAAUAAUGGAA